GUUCCGCGAACCCCCUCCUCCCUGUUCUCUCCUUGCCCUCGGACCGGGAUGUUGCCAGAUCUGGGCACUCCGGCGGCCUGAUGUUCGCCGCCGACCUCGCUCAUGCCAGGUUGUACCUCCGGUAUCCUCCGCCGGCGCCUCUUCUCGCCGGACUUCACCACCCGCGCCCCCUGUUCUCAAUAGCGAGAUUGAUUGGCAGUAGGAUUAGGAACACAUUAGGCCGUGUUACUCUAGUGCUGGUCAAAUAUACCAAAGAGAGAAAAGAAAAUGCUCUCUGGAAUCAAGUUUAUACCCAAAGAUCAGCUCUGCCAGGUGAAGAAGUCAAAUUCAGACUUUGAUGGUUCUGAUGAGGAGAGGAAGGAUUCAAGCAGCAGGAAGGGGAAGCACAAGAGAUUGAAAAGGAACCAAAAGAAGAGGAAGAGUUCACGAUAUGAUAGCUUUGAUGAGGAUGAUGAACCCUUAGGGAGAGAGAUGGGAAGGUCGGAGAGCGAGAGCGACUCCUCUUUGGAUAGGGAUGAGGAGAGAAGGUCUAGGAGGAGGAGGAGGAGUUCACGAUAUGAUGGCUCUGAUGAGGAUGAAGAAGGCUCAGAGAGAGAGAAGGGUAGGACGAAGAGCGACAACAGCAGCUCUUUGGAUAGGAAUGAGGAGAGAAGAUCUAUAAGGAGGAGGGGGAGAAGGGAGAGCUGGUCAGAGGAUUCUUAUUCAUCUGAGGAGUAUGAGAAGAAGAAGAAGAAGAGAAAGAAGGAAGGGAGGAGGAAGCCUGGGAAGGAGAGCAGAGGGAAAAGGGAUGGGGGGAAGGAUGAGUUCUUAGGUGAUGAAGAUGAUGAAAGAGACUUCACUGCCCAGAAUGAUACAGAGCUUGCAAGGAAGGAGUUGGGGCUUGAGUGGAUGUUGAGGUCUGGAAGCAAGAUGGACAACAAUCAGAUACAAGUGGACAAUGAGCCAGAAAGGCCUAUUGUUGAAGAGGUCAAGAGAACAAAUCCAAAAGAAUUGAAUCCAUAUCUGAAAGAUAAUGGAAGUGGUUACCCAGAUGAUGCUUCCAUUUCUGAGGCUGGCAACCAACUUCUUCCUUCAGUUGUUGGUGAUGGUGGUGCUAGCUGGAGACUGAAAGCCUUAAAGCGCGCAAAAGAGCAAGCAGCUCGUGAAGGACGAAAACUUGAUGAUGUUGUUGAAGAACGAUGGGGCUCUUUGAACCAGUUGGCUGCAUCUGUGACAGCUUCUAGGGCUGCCCCCACACAUGCUCAUCUACGCGCUAUAAAAGAAAGAAAGAUGGGACAAGCAGAAAGUUCUGAUGCUGUUGCAAAAGGUGGAACGAAGGGAGGUGAUGAAGAGGUACCCAGUGGCAACCGAGAUUAUUUACGUGAUAAGUCUUCUCGGCAUCCUGAAAUGAGAAAACCUAAACAGGAUUCUUUAUCGUGGAAAAGGAACAGAGUUCGGAAUAUGUCUUCAGAGGAUAAGUCACUUAUUGCUGAAGCUAUGUCUGGAGUAAAUAAAUUUUCUAAUGAUGGAAGUUUUAUGGAAAAUAUUGUUUGUCUUCAAAGAAAAGAUGCAGCUGUUUCUGAUGACUGUCAUGCAAAUGUGGAGGCAAAUGAUCGCAGGGCAAAUGAAAUGGACUGGAAGGAACAAAGCUCCAGUGAAAUGUCUUCAGCCAGUAAACAGGUAUUGACUGCAAAUCAGUUAGCAGCUAAAGUGCUGCAGCUUCGAAUGAAAGGGAAGCAUGAAGAGGCUGAGAAACUUUCGAAAGAGAUGGAGGACAUGGCCAAGAGACCUGAUGCUGGCACUAAAAUAAUUAAACAGGAAACUGAGCAAUGUACAAGCAGGUUUGUCGGGAGGCAGAUAUCUAAUGAACGCAAGAGAAGGGAAGAUGAUGCUGAUUUGCAUCUUGCCAAGAAAAUAACGCAAAACAGAAAAUAUAGCUUGUCAGGAAGGGUAGAUGAUGAAUAUGAUUUUGAUGAUGCUCCCAGCAGAAAACGAAACCGUAAAAUGGAGAAAGUGCCUGAAGAAAAAAGAAAUAUUUCAGCACGACUCUUGACACAACAAGAGCGUUGUCAAUUUUGUUUUGAGAACCCCUCAAGACCAAAACAUCUCAUUGUCUCCAUAGGAAAUUUCACAUACCUGAUGCUACCUCAGUGUCAACCUGUCGUGCAAGGCCAUUGUUGUAUUUUGCCAAUGCAGCAUGAGGCUGCAACCAGAACUGUUGACAAGAAUGUGUGGGAGGAGCUACGGAACUUCAAGAAGUGCCUCUCAAAGAUGUUUGCUAGACAGGACAAGGAUGUGGUGUUUCUUGAAACUGUUAUCGGCUUGGCAAAGCAACGCAGGCACUGCUUAAUUGAGUGUAUUCCUGUCCCGUAUGAGGUUGCAAAGCAAGCACCUUUAUAUUUCAAAAAGGCAAUCGAAGAAGCAGAGGAUGAGUGGGGCCAGCAUGAAAUGAAGAAGCUCAUCCCAACUAGUGGGAAUCUGCGGCAAGUGAUACCCCAAAACUUUGCCUAUUUCCACGUGGAAUUUGGCCUUGACAGGGGAUUUGUUCAUGUGAUCGAUGAUGACAGUAAUUUUAGCGGUGGAUUUGGCCUAAACGUCCUCAGAGGGCUUCUUCGUCUGCCUGAGGAGGACAUGCACCGGCGCCGGAGGCAUGAGCCAGUGGAGAAGCAAAAGCAAGCAGUUGCUAGUUUUGCCCGGGAGUGGGAGCCCUUCGAUUGGACGAAGGAGCUUGAUUAAGUAUGAAAACCUGGUGGAUCGAUGGUGUCUUUAUGGAUGUUUCGAUCUUAUCCUUUUUAUCAGUGUAAUUUGAUUUUUUUUUUUUUUUUUUUUUUGAAGUUCAGUAGAUAUCAGAGUUUUGUAUGAUGGGAUCACAAUCGUGAGUUUACUUUAAAGAUGAAAGAUUUCCUGCUUUAAAAUCAAAAGAGAAGGAAAUAGCAUGAUUGACAUGGAAA